CCUCUCCUUCACUGAUUCUCUCCUUCUCUCUCCUCAGUCUCUGCUAUGACAGCUUACACCAGCGGCGUGCUGCCCGAUCUAAGACCGUCAACCAGUCACCGGUUGCUGUCCUGUCCAAACGUUGACAUGGACAUGUAUGUGAGGGAUAUCCGUGAUUGAUCUUUCUUUUAUUAUUAUUUAUUUUUCUUAUAACGAGAGAGGAGGUAAGGGGGCUGCCUUCCCUUUUUACCCCCCCACCCUCCGCUUCUUUCGGCCAAGCAGAGCGGCAAGGUGGGGAGAGGACUUUGAAAAACAACCAGCUUGGAUUUAUUUAGCAGCAAAAUGACGGAUUUGGGAGCGUCGGGGAUGCUGCCGCUGCUGAGGAGAAGGGGGACGAUCGGGAAAAAAUCGGGAGGACUCAGACACGACCUCCCGCUUCUCUUCCUGUUGGGGCUCUUCGUUGGGGUUUUCUCCCCGUCCAAUGCUGAGACCUGUGGUGGUGUAGUCCAAGGCCUAAAUGGAACUAUAGAGUCCCCAGGUUUCCCCCAUGGCUAUCCCAACUAUGCCAACUGCACAUGGCUGAUAAUCACAGGGGAGAGGAACCGAAUCCAGCUAACCUUCAUUACGCUGGCACUAGAGGAAGACUUUGAUAUUGUAUCAGUGUACGAUGGACAGCCGUCGCCUGGCAACUUGAAAAUGAGGUUGUCAGGAUUCAUGCUGCCCUCGCCCAUUGUCAGCAGUGGCUCCAUACUAGCCCUGUGGUUUACAACAGACUUUGCAGUGAGUGCACAGGGCUUCAAAGCUAUAUAUGAAGUCCUUCCCAGCCAUACAUGUGGCACACCCGGUCUUAUUCCGAAUGGAAUUAUUCAUGGCUCAAGGUACAACAUGGGGGACAAGAUCCGAUACAGCUGUGAGUCAGGUUUCGUGCUCGAAGGUCACAGUAUCCUCACAUGCAUCGUAUCACCUGGUAGUGGAGCACAGUGGGACUUCCCUUCACCGUUUUGUCGAGCGGAAGGAGCAUGUGGCGGUACGUUACGAGGCACAGCAGGUUAUAUUACCAGCCCCGGAUACCCAUCAGAGUAUGACAACAACCUGGAUUGCACAUGGUCAAUCCUGGCCGAACCUGGGGACACUAUCGCUCUUGUUUUCACUGACUUCCUUUUAGAAGACAAAUAUGACUUUCUGGAAAUCAGUGGGACAGAAGCACCGACCAUAUGGCUCACAGGUACAACCUCACCAUCACCAGUGAUAUCAAAUAAGAAUUGGCUUCGGAUACACUUCACUUCAGACAGCAACCAUAGAAGAAAAGGGUUCAGUGCUCAGUAUCAAGUGAAAAAAGCCAUAGAGUUGAAGUCCAGAGGCGUAAAGAUGAUGCCCAGUAAAGACUCCAGUCACAAAAACGCAGUGUUAAGCCAGAGUGGUCUUGCUGGUGAUGUUUGUCCAGAUCCCGGAGUCCCUGAAAAUGGCAAGAGGAUAGGUUCAGUCUUCCAGGUUGGCUCAAGUGUCCAGUUCAGUUGUGAUGACAGCUAUGUACUUCAUGGAUCUAAAAGCAUCACCUGUCAACGAGUCACUGACACACUGGCUGCUUGGAGCGACCAUAGACCCAUCUGCAGAACUCGUACCUGUGGCAGUAAUCUGAGAGGGCCCAAAGGGGUGAUAACAUCACCUAACUACCCUGUUCAGUAUGAGAACAAUGCACACUGUGUGUGGGUGAUCACUGCUAUGGACUCUGAAAAGGUUAUAAAGCUAUCAUUUGAAGAGUUUGACCUGGAGAGAGGCUACGACACCCUGACUGUGGGAGACGGUGGAAAGAUAGGUGACACUCGGAGGGUACUAUAUGUACUCACUGGUACCAGCGUCCCUGAUCUCAUCGUGAGCUUGUCGAAUCAGAUGUGGCUACACCUGCAGUCAGAUGACACGAUUGGUUCUGCUGGGUUCAAAGCAAUCUAUGAAGAAAUUGACAGGGGAGGUUGUGGCGAUCCCGGGGUGCCUGCGUUUGGUCAUCGUAGCGGCGAUCGCUUUCAGCACAGUGAUAUACUGACCUUCUUUUGCCAGUCAGCUUUUGAGCUUGUUGGGGAAAAGACCAUUACAUGCCAGCACAAUAACCAGUGGUCUGGAAACAAGCCCAGUUGUGUGUUUUCUUGUUUCUUUAAUUUCACUGCUCCUUCAGGGACUGUGUUGUCCCCAAACUACCCGGAGGAGUAUGGCAACAAUCUAAACUGUGUGUGGUUGAUUAUCUCUGAGCCAGGAAGUCGAAUACAUCUCUUCUUCUCUGACUUUGACCUGGAGCCGCAGUUCGAUUGGCUGGUGGUCAAAGAUGAAGGUCUGUCUGAGGCAACAACAUUUGGGACCUUCUCAGGAAAAGACGUUCCAUCACAGAUUGCAUCAAAUGGACAUAUAAUGAGACUGGAAUUCCAGUCUGACCAUUCCAAUACUGGGAAAGGCUUCAAUAUCAGUUAUACAACAUUUGGGCAGAAUGAGUGUCAUGACCCAGGUGUUCCAGUCAAUGGACAAAGGUAUGGUGACCAGUUUCAGCUCGGCAGCUCAGUGGCUUUUCGCUGUGAUCAGGGAUUCAUCAGAACACAGGGGUCGGAUCAGGUGACUUGUAUCAUUCAGGAUGGAAAUGUUGUUUGGUCUGCAGCUGUUCCCCGAUGUGAAGCUCCUUGUGGAGGCCAUCUUACCGCCCCUACUGGUGUCAUUCUGUCUCCUGGUUGGCCAUCGUUUUAUAAAGAUUCUCUUAACUGUCAGUGGGUCAUUGAGGCACAGAAAGACCAUGCUGUAAAAAUACACUUUGACAAGUUCCAGACAGAGGUUAACUAUGACACACUGGAGAUUAGAGAUGGCCCAUCUGCCUCGUCUCCUCUGAUUGGCGAAUACCACGGCACCCAAGCACCUCAUUUCCUGAUUUCCACAUCCAACUUCCUGUUCCUGUUAUUCACUACCGACAACAGCCGCUCCUCAGCGGGUUUCAGCAUCAGAUAUGAAAGUGUGAAGAUGGAGUCAGACUCCUGCCUCGACCCCGGUAUCCCAGUCAACGGUCGUCGCCAUGGCAGUAGCUUUUCCAUCGGCUCGCAUGUCUCAUUUACAUGCAACGCCGGAUACACACUCAGUGAUCAGGAGCCAAUCGUUUGUGACCAGAAUCACCAGUGGAGUCAUGCUCUUCCCAGCUGUGAUGCUCUUUGUGGAGGAUAUGUUUUUGGUAAAACUGGGACAAUUCUCUCUCCUGGCUUUCCUGAUUUCUAUCCUAACUCGUUAAACUGCACCUGGACUAUAGAGGUGUCUCAUGGGAAAGGAGUCCAUCUGGUUUUCCAUACUUUCCAUCUAGAGGAGAAUCAUGACUAUCUGUCCAUCAUUGAAGAUGGCAACUUCCACGCUCCUGUAGCUCGACUCACUGGCUCAGUGCUUCCACCUAGUGUUAAAGCUGGACUCUACGGAAACUUCAGCGUGCAGAUGCGAUUUAUAUCAGAUUUUUCUAUGAGUUACGAAGGAUUCAACAUAACUUUUUCAGAGUACGACUUGGAGCCCUGUGAGGAUCCUGGUGUGCCGGCAUUCAGCAGGAGGAUGGGAUUUCGAUUUGGAGUUGGCGAUUCGCUUGCAUUCUCUUGUUUCCACGGCUACAGGCUUGAGGGAGACACUAAGAUCACUUGUCUUGGAGGUGGCAGGAGAGUGUGGAGCAACAUACUGCCAAGGUGUAUAGCUGAGUGUGGAGCUUCUACGCUUGGACCAGAUGGUGUUCUACUCUCUCCAAAUUUCCCCUCCAGUUAUGAUAACAACCAUGAGUGCAUUUACCGCAUCACUACUGAAAAGGGCAAAGGAAUCAGGCUGAAAGCUGAGAGCUUCUCUUUGCAAGAUGGAGACUACCUAAAGGUUUAUGAUGGAGAGAACACUUCAUCCCGUCUUCUUGGCAACUUUACACUUGAAGGAAUGAUGGGUCGUAUCAUCAACAGUACAUCCAAUCACCUAUGGCUGGAGUUCAAUAGCAAUGCCUCUGGAACCGAUCAGGGCUUCCGCCUCACUUACACAAGUUUCGACCUAAUUCGCUGUGAGGAACCAGGAGUUCCCAGUUAUGGAUAUAAGAUCCAGGACGACGGUCAUUAUGCCAACACAUUUGUCCUUUACUCCUGCAACCCUGGGUAUACCCUCCAUGGCAGCAGUACCCUAACCUGUCUAAGUGGUGAUAGGCGGGUUUGGGACAAACCGCUUCCUUCCUGCAUUGCGGAGUGUGGAGGUCACAUAAGUGGGGCCGUGUCUGGACGGAUUCUCUCCCCUGGAUACCCUGCUCCAUAUGACAAUAACCUCCACUGUACCUGGACAAUAGAGGCUGACACAGGCAAGACUAUCAGCCUUCACUUCAUUGUCUUUGACACUGAGGUUGGCCAUGACAUUCUGAGAGUCUGGGACGGCCCAUCGGGGCCUUCAGAUGGUGGGAUUCUGUUGAAAGAAUGGUCUGGCCCUGCAUUACCUGAAGACAUCCACUCGACUUUCAACAUCCUCACUCUGCAGUUUGAUGCUGAUUAUUUUAUCAGCAAGCAAGGAUUUUCUAUACAGUUCUCUACCACAACAGCAACAUCCUGCAAUGACCCUGGUAUCCCUGUAAAUGGAUCUCGAUAUGGAGACAGUAAGGAGCCUGGUGACAGCAUGACAUUCCAGUGUGACCCAGGCUAUCAGCUACAAGGGAAAGACACCAUCACAUGUGUCCGGAUGGAUAACAGGUUCUACUGGCAACCAGAUCCACCAACCUGUAUGGCAACCUGUGGGGGUAAUGUCAGCGGUCCCUCAGGUGUGAUUCUUUCUCCGAACUACCCACAACCGUACCCCCCUGGAAAAGAGUGCGAUUGGAGAAUCACAGUCAAUCCUGACUUUGUCAUUGCCCUUAUCUUCAAAAGUUUCAACAUGGAGCCAAGUUAUGACUUCCUGCACAUCUAUGAGGGUGAAGACUCCAAUGGGCCGUUACUUUCAAGUCUUCAAGGCACCCAAGCCCCUGAACGCAUAGAAAGCAGUGGAAACAGCCUGUUUCUGGCAUUUCGGUCUGAUGCAUCUCUAGGAAUGUCCGGAUUUGCCAUUGAAUACAGAGAGAAACCCAGAGAGGCCUGUUUUGACCCCGGUAACAUCAUGAACGGCAGUCGGACAGGCUAUGACUACAAACUAGGAUCUCAGGUCUCCUACAGCUGUCACCAUGGCUACACGAUAGUCGGUAGUGAAACCGUUAUGUGUGUCAUGGGAAAGGAUGGGAAACCAGUAUGGGACAAAGCCCUACCAUCAUGUAAAGCUCCAUGUGGAGGACACUAUGGUGGUUCAGAGGGUGUUGUUUUGUCCCCAAAUUAUCCUUUAAACUACACUGCAAGGCAGAUGUGUUCCUAUUACAUUACUGUUUCCCCACAGUUUGUGGUCUUCGGUCAGUUUGCUGUUUUCCAGACGGCAACAAAUGACUCAGUGGAGCUGUUUGAUGGAGCAAAUGAUAAUAGCCGACUGCUUAGCUCUCUAACUGGAUCCCACUCAGGAGAGACUUUGCCAUUGGCAACAUCUAAUCAAAUCAUGCUCCGAUUCAAUGCUAAGAGUGGCCAAUCAGCUAAAGGCUUUCACUUCGUCUACCAAGCUGUUCCUCGCACAAGUGAUAGUCAAUGCAGCUCAGUGCCAGAGCCUCGGUAUGGCAGGCGAAUUGGCUCAGAGUUCUCUGCAGGCUCUGUUGUCCGUUUCGAGUGCAGCCCUGGCUACCUGUUGAAAGGAUCUAGUGCAAUUCGAUGCCAGGCUGUACCGGGUGCCUUAGCACAGUGGAAUGCAUCAACACCCACUUGCAUAGUUCCCUGCAGUGGCAAUUUGACUGAACGUCGAGGUACCAUAUUGUCUCCUGGCUAUCCUGAACCUUACCCCAAUAGCCUAAACUGUCUGUGGAGGAUCCAUGUCAGUGAAGGAGCAGGAAUACAGAUCCAGGUUAUGACCUUUGCAACUGAGCAUAACUGGGACUCUCUGGAAAUAUAUGAUGGAGGGGACAUGACAGCUCCAAAACUGGGAUCCUUCUCAGGAACAACGGCUCCUGCUCUCCUCAACUCAACAUCCAAUCAGCUACUCUUGCACUUUCAAAGUGACAUCAGUGUGGUGGCAGCAGGCUUUCACCUGGAAUACAAGACUGUUGGGCUCACCACUUGCCCAGAACCAAUGAUCCCAGCAAACGGCAUAAAAACAGGAGAGAGAUAUAUGGUGAAUGAAGUGGUAGCAUUCACCUGUGAGCCUGGUUACACACUACAGGGCCAUUCACACAUUUCCUGCAUGCCUGGGACUGUCCGUCGUUGGAACUACCCACCACCUCUCUGUAUAGCACGCUGCGGUGGGGUCCUUUCUGAGAUGAGUAGUGUGAUCCUGAGUCCAGGCUUUCCUGGCAACUACCCUGGAAACCUGGACUGCACUUGGCUAAUUACCCUGCCAGCUGGAUAUGGAGCCCAUAUCCAAUUUCAAAACUUCUCCUCAGAGGACAAUCAUGACUUUCUUGAAGUCCGUGCUGGACCACAACACAGCUCUGCUCUCAUUGGUCAGUUUACGGGCUCACAGAUUCCACCACCACUGAUGAGCACUACGCACCUGACAAUCAUCCACUUCUACAGUGACCACUCACAGAACAGACCAGGAUUCAGACUAACCUACCAGGCUUAUCAGCUUCAGAACUGCCAGGAUCCUUCUCCAUUUCCGAAUGGGGACAUUAUCAAGAGUGACUACAGUGCUGGACAGUCAAUUACUUUUCAGUGCUACUCUGGUUAUGUCUUGAUUGGACACAAGGUGCUAACAUGCCUCCAUGGGACAAAUCGAAAAUGGAAUCAUCCAUUUCCUCGAUGUGAGGCUCCUUGUGGAUAUAAUGUGACAGCUGAGAAUGGGACCAUCUAUUCACCUCAGUACCCCAAUGAAUACCCUAACUCCCAAGACUGCAACUGGCUCAUCAGCGUUCCCCAUGGCCACGGGGUUUACAUCAACUUUACUUUACUGCAGACUGAGCCCGUCACAGAUUAUAUUGCUGUCUGGGAUGGCCCUGAUACUUCAAGCCCUCAGCUGGGAGUCUUCAGUGGCAACACAGCUCUUGAGUCAGCCUAUAGUUCUAGCUCAAAGGUCCUGAUCCGUUUUCACUCUGAUUUCUCCACUGGAGGAUUCUUCAUCCUUAACUUUCAUGCCUACCGACUGAAGAAAUGCCCACCUCCUCCCAUUGUGGAGAACGCAGACAUUAUCUAUGAGGAUGAAGACUUUCACAUAGGGGAUAUUGUGAAGUAUCACUGCUUACCUGGAUACACAUUGGUUGGAAAAGCAGAGCUAAUGUGUAAACUUAAUUCUCACUUGCUUUUUGAGGCCCCGCCCCCAAAAUGUCAAGCUCAGUGCCCAGCAAAUGAGGAGCGGUUGUCAUCAUCAGGAGUCAUAUUGAGCCCUGGGUUUCCUGGCAACUAUCCCAACAGCCAGACUUGCUCUUGGCUCCUUCGGAUGCUUCCAGGUUACACCAUAAACAUCUAUGUAGAGAUGUUCCACAGUGAGAAGCAAUUUGAUGAACUGGAAAUUUUUGAUGGAUCCUCAGGACAAAGUCCUUUGCUUGUUGCACUGAGUGGUAACCACUCCUCUCAACUGAACUUCACAUCUAAAACAAACCAGCUCUAUCUACGAUGGUCUACUGACCAUGCCACCAACAAGAAGGGGUUCAAGAUACGAUACUCAGCAACCUAUUGCAGCAUUGAUGACCUUCCUAUAAACGGUGGUGUGGUCAACCGAUCCCGGCUCCAUCCAGGUAGCAGACUUCAGUUCUUUUGUAAUCGCGGUUACCGCCUGGUAGGUUUAAGCAACACUACCUGCAGGCUCGAUUCCAGCGGACUUUACCAGUGGGACACCACUACACCUGUCUGUCAAGCAAUCUCAUGUGGAAUUCCUCCGACUCCUGGCAACGGCACUUUCCACGCAUACCAUUAUAAUGUUGGUAGCCAAGUUACCUAUCAUUGUAAUUAUGGCUACCAUCUUGACCCUGGUGUUCCAAUGACAGCUGUGUGUUUGGAAGAUGGCACCUGGAGUAACACAGGCUCAAUUCCUUGGUGCUUGCCUGUGCACUGUCCCAACAUUGAAGAUGUCCUGUCAGAUCACAUGACAUAUCGCCCCCUCACUGGGAGGCUGGGAGAGUUUGGCUCCUCUGUGAUGCUGGAGUGCUCAGCAGGGUUUUAUUUGGGUGUCGGUCAUCGAACUCUGCGCUGUCUCGCCAACGGAACCUGGGAGGGAUCAGAUGACCCAGCUACUUGCAAGAUCAUCUCUUGUGGAGAACUUCCUACACCACCCUUUGGUACCAAAUUGGGGACGCUGACUACAUUUGGAGCAACUGCCAUCUUUAUGUGCAACCAUGGAUACACGCUGGUGGGAUCACAUGUGAGGGAAUGUGGUGCCGAUGGGCUAUGGAGCGGUGCAGAAACAAGAUGUUUAGCUGGUCACUGUGACUCUCCAGAUCCUAUAGUCAAUGGUCACAUUAGCGGAGAUGGAUCAAGUUACCGUGACACUGUUGUGUACCAGUGCAUGUUAGGAUAUAGACUAAUCGGCACAUCUGUCAGAAUCUGCCAGCAAGACCAUCGGUGGUCCGGAACAACACCUGUCUGUGUCGCUAUCACUUGUGGACAUCCAGGAAACCCUACCAAUGGACAAACCAAUGGCAGCGAGUUCAACCUCAAUGACGUCGUCAACUUCACCUGCAAUAAAGGUUACAUCCUCAGUGGGAAUGCUCGCGCUCAGUGCCGAAUCAACGGACAGUGGAGCAACCCCUUACCUGCCUGCAAAGUGGUGAACUGUUCGGACCCUGGACAUGUGGAGAAUGGUGUUCACCAAUCCGGUCUGCGUUACCCAGAAAUCUUCAGCUAUGGUGUAACUGUGGUCAUUCACUGCAAGAGAGGCUUUUACCUACUUGGCUCUGCUGUCCUCACAUGUCAGCACAAUGGGCUGUGGGACCGCCCAACACCUCGCUGCUUAGCUAUUUCCUGUGGUGAUCCGGGCGUACCACCUAAUGCAGUAGUCUCUGGGACCCACAGUUGGACGUAUGGCUCUGUGCUGCAGUACUCCUGUCUGCCUGGUGGGGUUCUAGUCGGCAAUUCUACACGUUAUUGCAAGGAGGAUGGCACUUGGAGCGGAGCACCACCCUACUGCACAGGGGCUAGUCCUGGAAUAUGUGGCGACCCUGGGAUCCCUCCACAUGGCACCCGAUUGGGAGGAGAUGAAUUUAAGACCAAGAGCCUCCUGCGUUUUAGCUGCGAGGCUGGGUAUAAUCUGAUUGGCUCAGCUGAGAGGACUUGUCUUCAUAAUGGCAGCUGGAGUGGUACACAGCCUGUGUGUCAAGCUGUAUCCUGUGGUAACCCUGGCACCCCUGCCUAUGGAAGAAUUGUGUUCAGUGACGGCAUCACCUUUGGCAGCUCAGUGGCUUACGCAUGUUGGGAAGGGUUCAAAACGUCGGGCCUGACCACAAGACACUGCACAACAAAUGGGACGUGGACGGGUCAGCCCCCAGAUUGCACUGUGAUCAGUUGCGGAGACCCUGGACCUAUAGCUAAUGGCAUCUAUUUAGGAAGAGAAUUUACCUUCAACCGCACAGUGGCCUACCGCUGUAACCCCGGCCACGUAAUGGAACCAGCUGGACGCAGUGUUUUGAGCUGCACUAAAGAUGGAACCUGGAACCAAACCAAACCCAGCUGCAAAGUGAUCCAUUGUGGACCUCCCCCACAUGUGCUCAGUGGAAAAGUUGAAGGGACAGAUUAUUCCUGGGGAUCCAGUGUCAGCUACAGUUGCUUUCACGGUUAUCAGAUGUCCAUCCCUGCUGUGUUAACCUGUGAGGGAAACGGGACUUGGACAGGAGAGGUUCCAGAGUGUUUGCCUGUCUUAUGUGGGGAUCCUGGUUCACCUGGAGGAGGAUCCAGAGAGGGAAACAUCUUCUCAUAUGGAUCUGAGGUCCGGUUUUACUGCUAUGCUCCCUAUGUACUGGUGGGCUCUACCACCAGACUCUGUCAAGCAGAUGGUGUUUGGAGUGGCCAGCAACCAACCUGCAUUGAUCCAACCUUUAACAGUUGCCGUGAUCCAGGAACUCCUGCCUAUGGUAUUCCAAUCAUGGCCCAGGGCUUUCAGGUGGGCAGUAAAAUUUCUUUCAAAUGCCGCAAAAACUACCAUAUCCUUGGCUCAACAACGAGAACAUGCCUGGAAAAUCUGACUUGGAGUGGAACUCAACCUGAAUGCAUGGCUCAUUCAUGUCGACAGCCAGAAACUCCCAGUAACGUCGAUGUUCGAGCUAUGGACCUGCCAACUUUAGGUUAUACACUGAUAUACACCUGUCAAGAAGGUUUUUAUCUGUCUGGAGGAUCAGAGCACAGAACCUGCAAAAGUGAUGGGAGAUGGACGGGGAAACCACCGCUCUGUAAAGUUGGAGUGAAAGUAAAUCCCAAAGGAAGAGGGGAGUCAGAUGUACAGAAGAAUAAGAUCCGUGUUCCAGCUGAUGUCUUCUCCCCAAACUCUGAGUGGACCGGUUUCUACGAGUAUUUAGGGAAAAGGCAGACCACCACAUUCGCAGUUACUGGGUUUAAUACAACUAGUGGCCGAGUGAACGUCACAUUACUGGAGACCAGUGGAGUUUCAAUCCGACUAUCGGGUACCUAUAAGUCAGAGGAAAACCAGCUGCUGUUGAAGGUAUACCAGGUGAAGGGGCCAACAGAGUAUUACUACAGCAAGUUUAAAAACGACAACUGGGCAAUGGAUGGAUAUGUCACUGCAGAGUCUGACCAGAAGACCUUCAUCUACCAGGGACAUAUUCACAGUAAAGAUUUUGGCAAGUUCUCUCUGACGAGGCAAGGUCCAGUUACAACAGCGAUGAAUCCAUCAAACCAUUACACAAACAGUAGUUCUGUGGCAGCAGCCAUUUUAGUUCCCUUCUUUGCCCUCAUCCUCUCUGGGUUUGCCUUCUACCUCUACAAGCACAGGACCCGUCCAAAGGUCCAAUUCAAUGGCUACGUCGGCCAUGAGAGCUCCAAUGGUCAAGCUUCAUUUGAAAAUCCCAUGUAUGAUACCAACAUGAAGCCAACGGAGGCUAAGGCAGUUCGAUUUGAUACCACCCUGAACACAGUCUGCACUGUGGUGUAGUCCAACAAACCUGUCACCUCCUGUAAAGUGAUCCAUGGCACCACCAUGUGGCAACCUGCUGAGUGGCAUUACCCCCACCCAAAAAAAAGAACAAACCUAAUAUCUGGACUUGUCACCAUGAGCAGCCUUUGUGUAAUGUGCGGGUGCAGUGCCAGCAUAAUCUUUACAGUAAUGCGGCUCUACUCCACUUCCCUACAGUAUGAGGGCAUUACUCAGCUCUGGUCUGAGGAAGAAAGAGAAAAGAUUGCUGACACCAACAAAAAAGGCAGUUAAACAUUACCUCAUCAAAUAAUAUAAAGGCUGAUGUCAGUAGAUUACCGCUUCAACUACAACUGUUUUAACACACUGUUGCAUUUCAAGCAUGUAUAGAGGAUAUGAUAGUUGAACAGCCACUCAGAGUAUGUUUAUUAACUUUCAACUUUUCUGAGGUUGAACUACCUUAUGGAAAAGCCUCUGCAGUGAGGAUCUUCUGGGUCUUUAAUACUGACUCCACAUGAGCAAAAGUUAAUUCCAAUAGAAGCCCAGUCUGCCAUGCCAAAUUUGCACAGUGGCAAAUGCUUAAGUAGUCCCCUGCUGCAGGCCAGAUAUGGGUUUGACCAAUGCAUGGGUUUACCUCCAGGGGAAGCAUAUAGACAAAGUCCACCUCUCAUACCCGUCCAGGCAUUAGAUGAAUCCCAUUUGUAACCUUAAAUAACAACUGGUGCUGGACCAAAUUCAUCUGACACCAUUCUGUAUUUGAAAGAAGUGAUUUACCAGACAUAAUGAAGCCUUUACAGCCUUUGUUGUGUUAGAACCUUGUGUGGGUUCCACAGAUUUGCAUAACUCUUUAAACCAAAUGCAGUGAUAUGAUCAACCAGACCACUUCAUUUAAAGGAAAUUUAAUUUUAACCUGGUCGACAUUUUGGGAAUAAAGCAGGAUAAGGUGGGAGUUUCACAUACUUUUGAGAAUGUUUUAGCCUAUUUAGAAAGUGAACGACAAGCAGGACAAUCACAGAGCUAGGUACAUUUAGUCGACAGAUAUUAAAACGGUUUCUUUAGUUAUUGCCAUUGUCAUUACUUUAACACUUUUAUGCCUUUAAUUAAAACACUGUAGUACACUGCAUCUGAAUAGGUUAAAACAUAGCAAAUCAGGCCUUUCUAAACAAUGUUUUCCAAAGUUUUUAAACAAAAACGAAGAAUUACGCCAAGUCAUAUCCUUUUUCUACAAAUUCAAAUGUCAUAAGAAGGUGAUAAUUAAAAAUAUGAGCCCUACACAGAAGGUGUAACAAUAGGCAGGCAGUAUUAAAUCAUAUAAACAGUAGAUUGUGUUGCCCACUGUUUGCAGACAAUGGACCGGUUUCCAGAAGCUUGUAAAACAACUAUCAAGCAUUUUUUUUUUGUCUUGGACUCACCACAGUUCUGUGUUUGGUGGUUUAACAAGUGGAAACCUGGAGGCAAUAAGCUGUCAGGAUUGUCAACUGCUGCAAUCAACUGUGCCCAAAUCCAGGAAAUGAUUUGUUCUCCUGUAACCUUGGUCCAGACCAUCAGCCAUGAGAUGACUGAUUCCUUUUCUUCACUACACUUUCCAGCCACAAAAUACAAAAUAAGAUAAACCGAUUUGCAGACAGACUGGCUGACUGACAGCAACAGGACAAAUGGACACAGACAAAAUCGUGCAGUUAGUCACUGCUGUCAGUCAAGCUUACUAAAGGAGACGUGGACGUGUUAGAGUGGAAAUUGAGACAUCAAGAAUUUUCUAAUUGUCUCUUCUGGCAUUUUUCUUCAGUGAAGAUACUGAUGAACAAACUCAUAUGUUCAAAAAAACCAACGGCUCAUUGGGACUUCCCAAAUCACAGCUGCUGGAGACUCUUGAAUAUAAAGUUUAUAUGAAUCGCACAAAUUUUGCACUAGUGUUAUUUUCUGUUGAUUUUUUUUUUUUUUUCCUGUUUCUUUAAUGUUUUUUUUUUUUCAAGUUAAGGGAAUGAAAAGAUUUUUUGGGACAAAACUAAGUUUGAUAAAGGAGUCAUUCAAAAGAGAAUUUUAAUUCAGAAGCGUCUAACUUUAAAAUAUACAAUAUGACUAAAUACAGGGUUACAGUAUUUUGUAAAUACACAUUUUAAAUCUCUUGCUCCCUAUUAGCAGUUGUUUUUUUUUGUUGCCCUACAUGCUAGCCAACCAGAGUGGUGGGAACAAUUUCUGAUGCUAAAACAUGAGAGGAAAUGUCCAUUUUUUGUUUUUUCUGAAAGCUUUUACUUGCUACUAUGUAAUUUGUCAAAGAAACAACCAGAGAACAUCACUUUCAUUAAAAGAUAAUUUUAUUAACUUGCAGUUUCUAUUCGGGAAAAAGUAAUUUGCACAGAAUAAAUUAACAUUUUUUUUAAUUAGUGGUUGUGAGAAUUAGCUUUCAGAAAGGACCCUUUCUCUAACCAUCUUUAAAAGGCACCAGUCCCAUUUCACCACUGUUGUUGCACAUCCUUUCGACACAUUACAUGAUGCACAUUGUCUCUUUUCAGCAGCCUUUUUAAGAGCACAGAGUUUGUGAUUAGUUUGUGAAAAGGUCUGCAAUCUAAUUAGUGCAUAAGAAAGACAACAUGCACAUUUAGGGUUGUCAACAAUUUCCCCAUAUUUUUUUAAAGAAAUACCUCACAGACCACAUGUCACAUCUUUCUUUAUAAAUGCUGGAUCAUCACUGCAACAAAUAAACAAGCUUAAUAAGGGUAAAUUUAACUAUCACCACCCCUCAAUUUCCUGGAAUUUUAAGUCAAAAUGUUGCUCUGACAUCCCUGUUUUUAGGAACUAAGAAAAUUCCGUUUCAGACAACAAGCUUGUUAUUUCUCGCAGUGUUUACUUAAAAUACUUUUAUAUUUUUCAAAGAUGCUGCACUUGGUUAAGGAAGCAUAUUUAACUGCUUUCAAUGUAUAUCAUUUGUUGUUUCCAGGGUCUGCUUCAUGCUUCACAAACAACAUUCUGAGAUGAUUUUUACACAUCUAGCAUUUGGUUUAAGUCUCAUGUUUUAGUAUAUUUUAUGCUUUUUUAUUUUAAUAUCCAAAGCACAUUCACACAAAAAAACAUAAGGUUUCAUUCAUGUGUAUAUAGAGUAGGGAGAUACAAAGAGGAGAGCUUCCAAUAGAUAAUAUCCUCCUACUCACUUGUCCCCAAAGUGGUGGGGCCCGGUAUAAUUGCAAGGGGGACAUGGUAGAAAUAAAAUGAGUAAAGGAUCCAUUUUAAGAUGUCUUUAAAUAAAAUGAAUAUUAAUAGUGAUGUCAAAUUCUGUUAAGCAUUUCAACGGACAGUUUAAUUUAAAAUAAUUACACUUUAAAAGUGGUAGUUUUAUGAUUUCCAGGAACUAUUAGUAUAUUUUAUUGCAAUGUAUAAUUGCAAUUUUAGAUGCCCUUGGAAGAUGCAAAGUGGGGGACCUAUCAAGAAAAGUUUAUGUAACCUCUGCUCUAAUUGAACGUACAUAACUUUUGUUUAGAGUUUUAUUAAUAGUAACUGAUUUUUCUGAAGAACUCAAUUACUCAAAACAUCUGCAUGAGAAAAUUGUCAAAACUCUGUGGUUUUCAGGUUGUUAAGUAAAAAAUGGCUCUGUUCCAGACCUGAGUGCUGCAAAUGAGAUUGUGAUUUGGAUGGAAAGAUAGAAGUUAUUGACGUAUAUAAAACAACCAUUGUUAUACAAGGAGAGGCAAAAAAUAAGAACGGUACUUUUCUUUCUUUGGAAAGACGGAUGACACAUUCAGUAUCUUCAUGCAGGAAUAAACACAUCAUCUUUAAACAGUGGAACGUCUGCUCACAGUCAUAAGCCACAUCUCCUUUUUAUUUAAUUGCAAAAGAGCUUUCUGUGCUUCUCGUUAUAAUUGAUUUGAUUAAUUCAGCGCAGAUUUCCUAUGGAGUCAAGAGUGCAUAAUAGAGCCUGAAAAUUAGAGGCUGGUUUCCAAAACCGUAUUAAAAGGUCUAGUUUUAUAAUUAUAGACAGAGAUCCGAUCUCCCAGUGUGCCUGAAAGUGAAAAUUUAGGGUAUUUUGUUUAUUAAGGCAUGUCACAAUGUUACUGCACUGUAGAGGUUAGAUCUGACAUGCCACAAAAAUACAGCAUAAUCCAAAAUGUCAUUUUAGCAGACACUGAACUUCCCGCAAAACUGUCAAGUCAUUAUAAUAUUUCUAUAAGGGCACUUGAAAGCAUGCUGAGCUCAGUGUUUUGAAUGUCAGAAUAAGAUCUUUCAUGCUAUAACGCUCAAGUAUUUUCCUUGAUAACCAGGUCUGUAGUGACAGAUGUUGUGUGCCAUUUGACUUCAUUUUUUCAUCACAAAAGAUUUUCCUCACAGUUCUGAAACAUUCCUCUAAGGAUUCUGAGCUCAGUUAAUUUUAAAAGUAAGUAGACUAUAUGAGAAGAUAAAAACCUCACUAUUCACGUUAUGGUCUAUAAUUACAUUCAUUUUCUCAUAAACUGAAAGUUAUCAUUAUAAUAAAAAAUAUGUAUUUUUCACUUCUUAGCCUAAUCCAACAGAUAGGGAAGUGGAAAUGCAGGUCAGAAAAACAGGGACCCAUAUAGAUAUUUUAGAAAUAAUCUGUUUGAAGACAUAUAGGGCCUAUUAACUUGGAGGAGGAUUUCAUCUUUACAAAAUUCUGUUAACCAUCCAAAAUAAGUUACAUUUUAAGUCAUUAUCAAGCCAACAAGUUUGCUUUUAAAUGGAAGUAAGAGAAGACUCAGUACAAUAACACCAACUACAGAGGUUAUAAUUUGUAGGAAUUAAUUAUUUUUUAAUUUAAUUUUUUACAAAAAUAGUGAAGGGAUUAUUGUACAAUUUUUUAUGACUCAUGAAAAAUGCUUUAUUUUCGUUGUAGCCAUUGAACACUUUGGAUUUGUGCAUGUUUUCACAGGAGAAAACAUUGGCUUACAUAUUAAGCCGUUUAAACAGUUGUUAACUUGAUUUUGAUCAUUUAGACUCAGAAAAGACUAGUUUGCACAUUUAGAUUUGAUUUAGACUUUAGACAGUAACACAGUGAAGGAUACGACACCGUUAAUACUUCUAUUGCCAUAUUAACAAAAAUGUUAAUGGAUGCAGAUAUGGAUUUUGUUAUGUAUUGGUUUUGUUCAGCUUCAGACCACAAUUAUUUCUUUAAAUUUUGUUGCAAUUGUUUUAAAACCAAAGCUCGUUUUAUCUGCCUUGAAAAAUAUGCAUUCAUGUGAAUCAGAUAUUUUGCUAUGAAUUUCAUUAUUUUUGUUUUCCUUUAGACAUCAUGUAGUGCCUUGCCAAAAUAUUUAUAUCUCUUAAUAUGUUUCACUCUUGUAAAGUUACAACCACCAACAUCUUUUUUUUCCAUUUGGUCUCUAUGUUACAGGCUAAGAAGUAGCACAUAUUGUAAGCUUUGAAAAGAAGAAUAUCAAUACAUUGCAUACACAUUACAAAAAAAAAAAAGUCAUAUUCAUAUUUUGUUUCCCUUGGGUAAGGACUUUGCAAUUUGCAGGACGAUUGCACAAACUGCAAUUAGUGCUGCAAUUUUUUUAUGGCAUGCCUGUAACAGCUCCUGACAUUCUCAGACUAAUUUUGAAGUUCUUUUGGUUCAAUGUCCAUUAGAAUGGAUAAAAAAGUAUCUUUGAAAAGCAAUUUUUAACACUUUUGAAAAGCUAUUUGUAAGUCCUGACGCACUUUCUCAGUGGAAUUUAGGUCUACACAAUGGCCAUUCAAACACAUGAAUAUGCUUUGAUCAAACCAUUACAGCUCUGACUGAAUGUUCAGGAGCGCUGACUCUUCUGGACAAUGAAUCCCUCGGCUGUCCUGAAAUCCUUUGCAGCAUCUUAGCGUUGUCUUGCAGAAUAGCCAUGUACUUUUCCCCAUCCAGCUUCCACCCCAAAUGAACUCUGACCCUUUUCCAAGACCAUUCUAAGGGUCAUUUUCUUUUCAGCACAUUAAGCUUUUUUACUCUUAGAAAAAAUGUCCUCUUGCCAAAAUAAAAAUGUUUCCAAAUUUUCUGCAAUUCUUGCAUUGACAGUGAAGAACGAUUACCCAGGACCUUGAGGUAUUGUUUUUUUUGUUUUGUUUUUUAAACAUAACUCUGCUUCAAACUAUUCUCACAACUUUACUCCUAAUCUUUGUUUUUUUUCCCCUUUAAUUCUGUUUAUCUACUAAUUUUCUCUAAAAAUAAUGUUUGGUAAUCUUCAAAAGGUUGUUUCUAAACACCUUUCAUCUUGUUUUGGACUGUUUUCAUAGUAGGGAUAGUUAACAGAAUAAUGAAUAAUGUCUGAAGGCAAUUGCUUGCAUAAA